UAGAGGAGCCGAAUGCCCUUCGUCUUGUGGGGUGGGCUUUUAGCUGUGCGUUAGCUGUCCUUGGUGUUCUCCUCUCCCCUCUCUGCUCCACAUACCUAGAAAGCAAACACCUUUGCCCCAUUCUCCUCACUCUCCUCUUCGUAUUGCUUCGCCCUUCCACAAGCGUAAUUGUUGUUCCGAGAAUGAGAUGAAGAGGAGAAGCAGCAUAACGGAAAAGCUUCAUCUCCUCUUCCUCUUCUUGAUCUCAUUUGCGGCGGCGAGAGCGGCCGCCUUCAGCAGCCAUGGCCUCACCGACGCUGAGGCCGGGUUCAUCCGUAGGCGGCAGCUGCUGUACUACCUCGACGAGUACGGCGACCGCGGCGAGCGGGUGAGCGUCGACCCGUCCUUCCGCUUCCCUAACCCCCGUCUCCGCGACGCCUAUGUCGCCCUGCAGGCCUGGAAGAAGGCCAUCCUCUCCGACCCCCACAACUUCACCGGCAGCUGGGUCGGGCCCAAUGUCUGCUCCUACUAUGGCGUCUUCUGCGCCCCGCUCCCCUGCAACCGCUCCCUCACCGUCGUCGCAGGUAUCGACCUCAACCACGCCGACAUCGCCGGGUACCUCCCUGAGGAGCUCGGCCUGUUGACCGACCUCGCCCUCUUCCACAUCAACUCCAACCGCUUCUGCGGCACCGUCCCCCAGAAACUCCGCCAGCUCACCCGCCUCUUUGAGAUCGACCUCAGCAACAACCGCUUUGCCGGCAAGUUCCCCAGGGUCCUCCUCGAGCUCCCCUCGCUCAAGUUCCUCGACAUCCGGUUCAACGAGUUCGAGGGCGGCGUCCCUCGCGAGCUCUUCGACAAGCCCCUCGAUGCCAUCUUCAUCAACCACAAUCGGCUCGCCUUCGACAUCCCCGAUAAUAUCGGCAACUCCCCCGUCUCCGUCAUCGUCCUCGCCAACAACCGCUUCCGCGGCUGCCUCCCAGCCAGCCUUGGCAAUAUGUCGAACACCUUGAACGAGAUCAUUCUCAUGGACAACGGGCUGCGGUCCUGCCUCCCGCCCGAGAUCGGCCUGCUGAGGAAGCUCACCGUGUUCGACAUCAGCUUCAACCAGCUGCUGGGGCCGCUGCCGGAGGAGAUCGGCCGCAUGGUCAGCCUCGAGCAGUUGGAUGUCGCGCACAACCUGCUGUCAGGGCGCAUCCCGGAGUCCAUCUGCCAGCUCCCGCAUCUGCAAAACUUCACCUUCUCCUACAAUUUCUUUACCGGCGAGCCGCCGUCGUGCUUGAAGGUGCAGUCAUUCGACGACCGGAGGAAUUGCCUUCCCGAGCGGCCGUUGCAGCGGUCGGGGAAGCAGUGCGAGUCGUUCUUGUCGCACCCGGUGGACUGCAGUUGGUUUCGGUGUAAGCCGUUCGUGCUGGCAUUUCCGCCGCCGCCGCUGCCUCCCUCGCCUCCUCCGCCGUCUCCCCCGCCGCCGCCACCACCAUCACCACCCCCGCCGUCCCCGUCUCCGCCACCACCAUCUCCUCCACCUCCCCCAUCUCCAUCGCCACCACCUCCGUCUCCGCCGCCCCCAUCCCCACCUCCUCCUUCACCGCCGCCGCCACCUCCACCAGUUUAUUCAUCGCCUCCACCGCCUAAUUCACCACCACCUCCCAUACAUUAUUAUUCUCCUCCGCCACCAUACCCAUCUCCACCCCCACCCAACUCUCCGCCUCCACCGCCGGUUUAUCACUACUUGUCACCACCGCCACCUCCGCCUCCAUGUAUAGAACCACCGGAAUCUUCACCACCUCCGCUAACACCCUAUUACGGAGGUCCAUUGCCACCUGUCGUCGGAGUCUCAUACGCAUCUCCGCCUCCCCCUCCUCUCCAUUGAUUCUUUUGAAAAUUGUCCUCGUCCUUCUCCUAUCCUCAAUUAGGCAUCAGAAAAAUGUCUUCAUUCAUUUGGAUUCUUAUCAUGCCAUCUUCUCCAUCAAGUGUUCCAUUAAUUGGCGCUACGUUAUUUCUCUGGCUGCUUUCGUAGCUCACCAGGAACAGCUCAAAGUUCGAGAACACUGCUUGGUGCAUUCAACUUCCGUCAUGGUGAUGGAUGCAGAGUUGGAGAAGCACUGAAGGGUGGGAUUAAGAGGAACCUCUCCACGUAAUUUGAAUUAUGCAAUGGUUUAUGGGUUUGUGAAUGAACUGUCGACAGAGCAAGAGACUGAACAGUAGGUUGCAGGGACAAAAAAAUGUAUGUAUAGAGAACAUGAGACCCAAGACAUGCGUGCAGAUCAAUUGUGUCUGUGGUUUGAGUAACUUGCAAUGUCACGUCCAUUAAGCCAUCACAUAAAUUCUCUGAACUGCUUCCUGCAGUGGUAAGCGGUCAGCAGUCCAUCGACUGUGGAAAGUGAAUUGCAGUGAGUGGGUGAGGCGUCCAUGUCCCAUAUUAAUUGCCGUAAUCGUCGGUGAAGCCUGCAAGAGAGUGGCCGUGAUCGAUCAGACCGCACUUGGAUCUUUACCCAUUACGGCGGCUGCUUGGUCCCAUCGCCACUCAUCGAUUGACCGCUGUUGGUGGUGAGAUGGGUCCGGGUUUUGAUGAGCCUCCUCGUUUGGCGCUGUGGCGAUCGAGCAGGCGGCAGGCAUUAUGCAGAACGUUGUUGGUUUGGGUACAGCUCCAGUUGGUUCACGGGGACGGUGGAGGCCAGCAGAGGGAAGGAGCCAAAGAGAGUCCUCGAGGUGGAAGACAAGUUAAUGUUCUUGAAUGCGCCAUUUAUUUCUGGUUCGUUUCUCUUUGCCGUGCUUCAAGCGGUGCUCUUAAGUCGCUCGACGAUAUGACUAUCUCUAAGUUAACGUCGAUGCUACUUUUCCACGACUUAA